AUGAACAAGAUGCUGAAGGCAUUCUUCUUCUUUCCAGAUGCGGACCAUUGCGCCGAGUGCCCAGAAGAUCAACAUUCCAACGCGGACCACACUCAGUGCAUUCCCAAACGUAUCAGUUAUCUCUCUUAUCAGGAGACUUUGGGGACGGUCCUCGUUCUCCUGGUCCUGGUCCUGUCCCUAGUCACGCUUCUCAUUUUAGGAGUCUUUGUUAAAUACAUGGAUACUCCCAUAGUCAAAGCCAACAACCGGGACCUCACCUACAUUCUCCUGGUCUCCCUCUUGCUCUCCUUUCUGUCCUCCCUUCUCUUCAUCGGCCCGCCAAGGAAGGCGACUUGUCUCCUCCGACAAAUUGCCUUCAGCACCAUCUUCUCGGUUGCCGUCUCCUCUGUGCUGGCCAAAACGAUCACCGUGGUGGUGGCCUUCAUGGCCACCAAGCCGGGGAACAGGAUGAGGAAAUCGCUGGGGAAGAGUCUGGCGACCUCCAUUGUCAUUGGGUGUUCCGCAUUCCAAUUUGUCCUCUGUACCAUCUGGCUGGCUGUCUCUCCCCCUUUCCUAGAGUCUGACAUGCGCUCCCUUCGUGGAGAGAUCACACUGCAAUGCAACGAAGGGUCCGUCGUCUUGUUUUAUGGUGCCCUGGGCUACAUGGGCUUCCAGGCUUCCGUCUCUUUCAUGGUGGCUCUCCUGGCCAGGAAGCUUCCCGGGGCCUUCAACGAGGCCAAGCUGAUCACCUUCAGCAUGCUGGUGUUCUGCAGUGUGUGGGUGUCCUUUGUGCCCACCUACCUGAGCACGAAAGGGAAAUACAUGGUCGCCGUGCAGGUCUUCUCCAUCCUGGCCUCCAGCGCUGGCUUGCUGGGUUGCCUCUUCCUUCCCAAAUGCUACAUCAUUCUACUGAGGCCUAACUUGAAUACCAAGGAGCACGUAAUUGAGAAAAGUAAAUCCAUUCCUGAGUAG